AUGUUUCGGAUGGACGCCUCAGAUUGUGAGGACGACGCCCCGGCUAUCGAGGAUGCCCCGGCUAUCGAGGAUUCCCCGGCUAUCGAGGAUGCCCCAGCUAUUGAGGAUGCCCCGGCUAUCGAGGACGCCGCGGCUAUCAAAGAAAAUGAAGCUAGCCCAAGCUCCAAUCCGUCUCCAAGUCAGGAAGCUAUGAAGGUAUGA